GUGUGGCAAAGGACAUGAUUGACAGCGCGGCAAGAGGUGUGGCAAAUUAUGUGAUUGUCCGCGAGGCAGGGGGCGUGGCCAAUAUUUUGCAUGCAGCAAGGGGCGAACUAAAGUCCCGACGAACCGGAAGGUGUGUCAGGUCGAGUGGAAGUGGAGAGCAGACUCUUGUUGCUAUGAGAGUGAAUGAUUCAGCAGCAUGGACGGUGCAGUGUCUAAUGUAGAGAUCUGCAACCUGGCCUACACAGGGGACUUGGAGCAGCUUAAAGCACUUAUCCUGUCAGACAAGCGCCUAGCUACAAAAACUGACCAAGAUAACAGGACGGCAUUACAUUGGUCAUGUUCAGCUGGGCACAAGGACAUUGUAGACUUUCUGUUAAGUCUUGGAGUACCAGUAGAUCCUAAAGAUGAUGUCAGCUGGACUCCCCUACACAUUGCUGCAUCGGCAGGUCGAGAGGAAAUAGUGAAAGCGCUGAUUGGUAAAGGAGCACAGGUCAAUGCUAUCAAUCAGAAUGGUUGUUCACCACUGCACUAUGCUGCUUCUCGAAACCGAUAUGAGAUUGCUUGCAUGUUGUUAGAGAAUGGAGCAGACCCUAAUGUUACAGACAAUAUCCACUCCACUCCCUUGCAUAGAGCUUCAGCAAAAGGAAACUUUCGCCUUGUACAGCUGUUGCUGAAGCAUAAUGCCUCUACGAACCUCCAGGAUUUGGAGGGAAACACACCACUGCACUUGGCAUGUGAUGAAGAACGGGCUGAGGAAGCCAAGCUUCUGGUGGAGAAUGGAGCAAGCAUUUACAUUGAGAACAAGGAGGAAAAGACACCUCUACAAAUGGCUAAAGGUGGUCUUGGCUUACAGCUGAGGAGAAUGAUAGAAGGUUGAAAAUGGAAAAUGAAAAUUCUUUAUGACACCAGUCCAAACUGUGGUGUUUUCCUCAAAACAUGGAAUAAGAGCAAGGCGAGGAACCUAAUGUCUGAAUGCUUGUAUUGGUUGUGUACUACAUGCUAUCUCUCCAAGUAUGAGCACCACACAAGUUGUGUUACUUACAACUCAUGAAUUAUUUGGACUUGUACCUGAAGGAAAGUCUUUUUACCACAGUCUCGAUAUAAUUUUCUUUGAUCUUAACAGCUCUGCGAACAUGAAACAAAGUGUGUACCUUCAAGUGACUUGUCAAAACAGUGAUAGCAGCACUGAUCACAGAAUAAAUUCUCUUUCCCAUUUUUCAGUGCAGUGUCAAAACUGUUCAUUGAUAAAGAACAUCAAAGACCAAACUUGCAGCAGUGUGAGGUAGUCACUGUAACUAACAGUUGGAUUGGGUUUAGAUUUGAAAGAUGUCACUGGUAAACCAGAGAUGUGAAACUAUAAAAAUAGGAGUGUGUUCAGUAAUGUGUAACUUCACUAACAUAUUCUGUUGGAUAUGUUUUGAAAACAACUUGUGAUAUUGACUUGAAAUUUCUGAGGAUUGUCAUCGAAUGAUUAAUCCUUUCUUCCCCUAGCCCCUCUUGUCUACUUUCCACCCUAGAUUUCUGCUCAGACCAUUAUUCAGUUUGUGUGUAUGUGUUUGUACGUAUUUUCCCCCUUCUCCCCUUAUUCCUCCUUCCCCCCACCACCCCCGUAGGUUCAACAUUUUGAAAUGUCACUGUCGCGUUCGUGUAUCAGCAACAAAACUCUUUUUAAAAAGUCAUUAUCUAGACUCAUUUAUUGGCACAAACAAUAGAUGAAAAUAUUAUAGCAUUAUAUUGAUAAAUUUGGAAUCAUCCUAGGUAGAUGAAGCAGUGGUCUUGUCCUUAUUGUUGGCUAACAUUUAAUUGGGUACAGUCAUCAUUGCCGACUGUGACUAUCCUAACUUCAUUUGAGCCUUUGGGGAGUUGGGGGAGAAGAGAGGAUUAAUAUAUGCGAAGCAGUAAUUUUAACAUUUUAUUUUCAUCACUAAACACACUGUUUAAUGGAGUUAUUGAUUGUCACCUUUUACUGCUGAACCUCUUACUGUUGGAACUACAAAAUAUUUAAAAAAAUGUUCUCUAGUUUUGUUUUUGAUGCUUUCUAAGGAUAACUUCUGAUUCUGUGCAACAUUAAUGUUUGUGUUGAUUUCACAGCUAGAAAUGUCCACUGCAAUACAUUGGUGUAGGAGCUAAUGUUAAAACAAAAAAAUGCUUGUGUAUUUGCUGAGGUAAAUGGACAUUAUCUUUUACCAUAUCAGUUCUGGUUUGGUGAAAGGAGGUUACUGAGGGAACAUUUGAUAUGUAAAUCAAUUAUAAUGUUGAAAUAAGAAGAAAAAUGCUGGAGAUAUUAGUCAGGUUUGGCAGCACUGUGCAGCAGAUCAUACUUAAAAAUGAAAUUUGAUUGAAAGUGCUACUUCUCUUAUAACCUACUGUUCACCAAUAUGAUCUUAGUGUUUACUGAAUAUGGUUCCUGUAAUAAAGAUGUAUACACAA